CUCCAAACGUUUGCUAUUCUUAUUAUUGUUGUUGUUGUUCAUCACUCAAUAAUCUCAUUACCCUGUUUUUCUUCUUCUUGUUUGUUUUCGCUUUCAAAGUUUCAGUUCAAAGCAUCAAACCAAACUCAAAAACCCCAGAAAGCCAAGGCCAAGACGGGGGCACGAAGCCAUCGGAGAAAGGAAGAGUUAUGGAAGUCGGGCUGAAGAUGAUGAGUAUGAAAGGAGGAGGAGGAGAUCACGUUGGAGGCUUCGAGAAGGAGAAGAUGGGGUUCGAAGAGACUGAGCUGAGGCUAGGGUUGCCCGGCGGCGGAGAAGGUGGUGAAGUUGUGAGGAAAAGAGGAUUCUCAGAGACUGUUGAUCUGAAGCUUAACCUUUCCUCCUCGAAGCAGGACACCUCUGGGAUGGAUCCCAAUGAUGAGAAGGUGACUGGUCUGAACAAGGAGAAGAAUCUUCUCCUUUCUGCAACUGAUCCUGCUAAGCCUCCCGCCAAAGCGCAAGUUGUGGGAUGGCCACCAGUCCGAUCAUUCCGAAAGAACAUUUUAGCCACCGCCAUCCGAAAGAGCGGCAGCGACGAGAGCAGCGGUGAGAAGGUGGCGUUCGUGAAGGUGAGCAUGGACGGCGCGCCUUACCUCCGGAAGGUGGACCUGAGGAUGUACACAAGUUACCACCAGCUUUCUGAUGCUUUAGCCAAAAUGUUCAGCUAUUUCACUAUCGGAAACUGUGGAUCCCAAGGGCUGAAGGAUUUCAUGAAUGAGAGCAAGCUCAUGGAUCUCCUUAAUGGCUCUGAUUAUGUUCCUACCUAUGAGGACAAAGAUGGUGAUUGGAUGCUUGUUGGUGAUGUCCCUUGGGAGAUGUUCGUGGAAUCAUGCAAAAGGUUGCGCAUAAUGAAAGGAACAGAGGCGAUCGGACUCGCACCAAAAGCUGUGGAGAAAUGCAAGAAGAUGAGCUGAAGGAAGUAGGGACAUGAUAGAGCAAUCUGCUGUUUGUUGAUCUUUGCCGACGCCUACUGCAUGCAUGCAUGCACGAACAUAUCAUCAUCAUCAUCAUAACAUGCAAAAGGCAGCAGAUGGAUGCAUGGAUGAAUGGAGCAGAUUGACUUUAUUAUUUCCAUAUUAUUAAUAAUCAUUAGGGUGUUUUUGUGUUAAUUAAGACUAAUAUAAUAGUGGUAAUUAUUAAGUAUUGACAGAAACGUGAAUAUUUUGCUGUAUGUCUGGGGACAAGAACUUUGGGCCGUCGUCUUUAAACUUUGUUAUUGGUUAUAUUAUUGAUUUGGCUUUGCUUACUAUGAAAA